AUGCGGAGCCGGGGCUGCAGCCGAAAGCCGCAGGUUUGUGUCGGUGGCGGCGCACCGCUCCUGUUCCGAGACCCCACAAGAACAAGAGGAAGGGUCGUGAAGGGUCAGGUCAGCACUGCUGGUGUGUGCUCACCUGGGCCUGCUGUCUGUAUCUUGCUCUCUGGACAGGUAUCGGCGGACCAGGUGAUGCUAUCCCACAGUCCUCUGCGGAUGUUUACUCAGUACCACGAGAAGUGCGUCCUGGUAUCGGGGCAAGGCCCAGUGACAGAGGUGGCCCGGAAUCUGGGGUUCCAGAAGGUGGUGACCAUCGAGAGGCUGAGGGAAGCCUACCCUCUUCUGGAUGUCGUGGACCACCACCGGCGGCCCAGAGACCAGGUGCGUGUCUGCUGUGGUGGGACAUCGGGGAGGGAGGGUCCAAGCACGUGGGUAGGAACCGCCCUGGUGACGGUGUUGGGGGUCGGAGGAGAGGCAGUGGUGACGGUGUUGGGGGUCGGAGGAGAGGCAGUGGUGAUGGUGUUGGGGGUCAGGGGCCCGGCUCCCCAUGUCGCCCUCAGGUUCGGACACGGGACGUUCCUGGUUUGCCUGGAGCACAUCUACCAGAAGGUCACGGGCCGGGAGCUGAAGUACGAGGCUCUGAUCGGGAAGCCCAGCCUGGUGACGUACAACUACGCCGAGCUCCUGGUCAGGCAGCAGGCGGAGGCCAGAGGGUGGACCGAGCCCGUCGUCCGACUCUAUGCUAUUGGGGACAACCCCAUGGCGGACAUCUACGGCGCCAACCUGUACAACCGCUACCUGCAGGGGGCGCUGGAGGCCCAGCUGAAGGGGGCGCGGCUGGCGGAGGCGCAGGGGGCCCCGCCAGAGGCGGCGGGGGGGCCCGAGGCCCUCGGGAGGUGCCUGGCGGAGUGCUGCGUCUCAGUCCUGGUGUGCACGGGUGUCUAUGGCGGCGGCGGCGGCGGCGGCGGCCAGCGGGACCUGCCCCAGGACCCCCGGCAGAGCGUCACCGAGAGGGUCUUCCACGGCCACCGCGACUUCCGCUUCGACCCCAGCCUGGUGGAGCCCGCCCUGGUGGCCCGGGACGUGGACGAGGCCGUGGAGCUGGUCUUCGGCCAGGAGGGCUGGCCCCUGGCCUGAGCGAGGCCCCCGUGGGGCGGGGGGGGGGCGCGCGGAACUGCCGUCCCAGCGCCGGGCUCGGGUGCCGAGGCGGGGCUGGCGAAGGAGGGUCUUUUCUGUCUUUCAUUUCCUGUUACCCCCCCGUCAGCCAAUGAAAAGGAGGGGAUUUCAGCCACUUCCUCGUUUCCAUGGAGACCCCCCGCCCCUCCCCUGCACGGCGACGCCCACCAGGAAGUCACUCUGCUGCUGUGGUUGGUCUCUGUGGGACCUCCAUUGCUGCCUUGCCCGCCCAGGGUGCUGUCUGUGUGGAGUUUGUAGGUUCUCCCCAGGUGUGCGUGGGUUUCCUCGAAGGCGCUCCAGUUUCCUCCCGCGGGCCAAAGACGUACUGGUAGGUUGAUUGGCUUCUGGGUAAAACUGGCCCUGGAGUGG